AUGGGCCUGGCGAUGGCCAGCAACCUCCAGAACUACCUCGUCUCCAUUUCUGGCCUUCCACUUGCGUACAACAACCGCACGAUGUCGCGAGGCGAGCCACUAGCACAGCUAGGUGCCAAGCCGUACUCAUCAGUCACUGAUCUCGUGGCCAACUGCGACCUCAUCUUCAUCUCCCUCUCCGAUGACGCCGCCGUAACCCAGACCAUCACCAGCCUCCUCACUCAACGGCCCAACCUCUCCGACAAAACCAUAAUCGACACCUCGACCGUCCACCCCAACACCACCGCCCAGCUCACCACAGCCCUCACCGCCGCGCACGCCCACUUCAUCGCCGCGCCCGUCUUCGGCGCCACACCCGUCGCGGAAGCCGGCCAACUCCUCUUCGCGCUCGCCGGUCCCACCGAGGGCAUCACGCUCGCCAAGCCUUACAUCGAAGCCUGCCUCGCUCGCGCCGUCAUCAACGUCUCCGCCACGCCGCGCGACGCCACGCUCCUCAAGACGACGGGCAACUUCAUCACCGCCGCGCUGGCCGAGACGGUCGCGGAGGCACACGUCUUUGCCGAGAAGGCUGGGCUGAAUGCUCAGGUGCUGGAGCAGCUGAUCGUGAGGAACUAUGGUGCGUAUGCGGGGAGUAUCAGUGAGAAGCUGACGCAGGGGGUGUAUGCGCCGCCGAAGGGGGAGCGGGCCAGGAGUGAUAUUGGGUUGGCGGUUAAGGAUGUGGGGCAUGGGGUAGAGAGUGCGAGGGAGGUAGGGUGUAGAUUGGAGGUGGCGGAGGUGACGUUGCGGAGACUGGAAAAGGCGCGGGAAUGGGGAGCCAGAGAGGGGAGGGCGUUGGAUAGCAGUGCGGUGUAUGGUGUUUUGAGGCAGGAAGUGGGGUUGGGUUUCGAGAGAGAGGAUGUUCUUCAGCGACGAACAGAUGCGUAG